AUGGGAUUCCAACUCAGCACCUUUUGUUUUGGGAUUUUGAGAAGAGUUGCUCUUUGGAGAGCACAGUACGAUGAAAGUUGUAAGCUGUGUUCGGGGGGGAGUUAUUGCCUAUCGUUGUCCUCUAUGGUAGAACCCGUCGGGGAGGCCUGA